CUCUGCACCAUCAUAGUAUGUCAGCAUUGAAAACGAUUUCAUAUAAGUGCCAUUAUGUCUGUUUAUGCAGAUUGACUUCAAAUGAGUAACUUCUUUAUAUAGAUGAUGGGUCUGAUAAGGUUAUUACAAGGAAGUCAUGUUUCUAUCGAAAGAUCGUAUUGUGGUUAAAGGAUUAAUCUUUUAUGCACUUAUCAGGAAAAAUUUCGAGAGAACCCGAUAAGCGAACCAGAAGCAUGUUCGGUCUUGAGUCAUUGCUACUGAAAAUUUUAUUCAAGAUAGUUUUUUUUUAUGAGGUCUCUUCAUUCGAAACGUGUGUUAUUAAAAUUUCGAGUAUAAUUCAAAAAGAUUGUCACCUAUUCUAUCAAACGAUGCCACUUUUUCUUUGUAAACAAUCUUGCAUUUUCAACUGUGCACUUCGACAUGUGCUGUUUUAGAAAGUUUUAUAGAAACAAUCAUUGCAAAGUAAGGAAACAAAUUCUCAAAGUGCAAGUCAUUCCAGAGUCGUGUGGAUUUGCAUCUUCAAGGCAAAUAUAGUCUUGAACAAAAGUUUCAGCCAAUUGGCUGAGUUGUCGAUGCAAAAAAAAAUAUUGAAGAAUUUUCCAGACAUUUUUGAUCCCUGAGCACAAUAAUACUUACUCAAGUCACAAACAGUUUUCAUUUUAUGCAAUCUCACCGAGUUCAUCGGUUGAUACCUUAUCAGUAUAGUUUUCAGUAGUAGUUUUAACUUUUCAAUGCGAAAGAUUUUAACAUUGAGAAAAGUCUUUCAGAAUUUUCAGUCACUAUGAUGGAUGAAUAAAUAGCUUAUAUUAGACAGUCACUGACGUUCUUUGUACUGAUUUACAUUUCUGUUAUAACAGCCGGUAAUAUUCCAAGAUUAGAAUGAAAACCUUACUGCCAUUGUUCUUUUGAAAGAUUGCUGAGUGAAAAUAAUCAGAGAUAUCAACUUGAGGAGCAGUAUUUAAUAAUAAGUAUUUUUCUUCAUGUAGGUACAGAAGGUAGUCACAGAUAUGAGCAAACUAAAGUGCUACAUUCAGCUGCAACUCACGUUGGUCUCAAAUAUACAGCAACUAAACAAAGUACAACAAUCAUCUACUAAACAGCGUUCUAACAAUGACUAUAACAUUCCGAGACCCGAUAAUGAAAGCCAUUCUUUUCCAAAAGCAUCUACGGUAGGUACGACACAGUCCAGUCAAUCGUUACCGCAAGAUUUGUUCGGGCGCUGGCAAGAAGAUCAUGAGCUAGGAUUUUAUCAAACGCAAGUGCAGGAACAAGAAAUGGCAUUUCUCAAUUUCCGCGCUACUCAAAAUCAUAAACCAAGAAUAGAAUUACGAACAUUCGUCGAACUUGUCGUUCGGCUUCCUGAAUCUUGCAAUCCAGAAGAUCGAAAAUCAUUAUGCGAUUCAUUGAAAGAUCAGUACAGUUCAAAUUCUGCUGCGCUCUCAAAGAUUGAGACAUUUGAGAAGGAGUAUCAAUCAUCUGAAGCCAUCUUUUGGUAUACGUAUGAUAGCUAUCUGUAUAAGGAAUUGAAUUCUGUUCUGCGACACUUCAACUAUAGUUCUCUAGUCGAUUUUGCCUUUUUUAUUCGUGACAUAUACCAUAUACUUUCUUCCGAACAGAAGAAACAGUCGUUAUCUAGCAAUGGGUAUCGAAACGUUUUUCGAGGACAGAUGAUGUCAAAAAAAGAAUUAGAUUUACUGGAAAGUAUAGCCAGUCGGAAUCAAGACCAAACGAAUAAUAUGUUUAUGUCUCUCUUUUCAAGUGCUCAAGCGGCUCGACAAGAGGAACCGCUGGUAGUGACCUCGUUUUUGUCUACGACCAAACGACGUGAAAUAGCAGAAAUGUAUUUGUCAAACGAGCAACGUCGAAAUGCAGAUAUGCAAGCAGUUCUCAUUCAUAUUGAUAUAGGUGAUAGGCCUGCUACAACGUGCGCAUCCAUCGCUCAUCUAAGCUCGUUUGGACUUGCUGAGGAUGAGGUUAUCUUCAUGAUUGGAAGCGUCUUUUGGCUACGCAGUGUGGUACGACACAGACACUAUUGGAUUGUCGAACUCGCAGCAUGUCAAAUAUAUGAACAAACGAAAAACGUUCACAGACUAAAUUCAACCGCGAAUGACUAUAGAGUGCAAUUAUUAAUACAAAAUCUGAGUGAAGCCAAAGAUCUGGCACAAGUAUUGGACAUCUUAUUCAAUAACUUAACGAACGACAUCAUUAAUGCUGAAGACUUAUUUGCAAUUUGCAAGCCUAAGUUGCCUGAUAUGAAUACAGUAACUUGGAUUGAUUUAGGCAUACUUUUUUUCUCAAGUGCACGAUACGAUAUUGCAGAGAAGAUAUUUAAACUAUCUGUGGCUGCUACUUUUGAAAACGACAGCGAUGAAAAGCAAGCACAAUGCUACGAAUAUCUCGCAAAUCUCGCAUUACUUCGAGGUGACACAGAAGAAUAUAAACUAUAUUCAACACACAAAAUUUGCCUUGAUUUGAAAGCCGUAGCACACGCACUAGGCUUGCCAUUCAAUGAAUCCGUUUUUCUCCGAGAUCAUAAUGUGGCUAAACCAAAUCUCAACGAGUACGAAAAGUUUAUAAAGACGUACAAUAGUCCGGAAUAUAGUUGGAUAUCGCGUUCAGAUUUUUCGACCACUUUUCAACAACUUAUAAAAAAAUACAUGUGAAUGUUAUUCAUCUUUUUUAAUAAGAGAAAACGAAAAGGGUGGGACUAUGGGUAUGGGGUGUGGGUAUGGUUGGGUGCGAAUGUGAGUGAGGUAUGGGUGUCAGGUGUGAGUAUUGAUGUGGGUAUCUUGUAUACUACAAACCAAGAUCCACAUCCACACCUGGACCCUCAAGUACGAAUACUUCGAGUAUUUUGCCCAGCUCUGAUAUCUACAUCAUCUUUUGCUUUUAUUUUCUGAUUUUUUUAUCAAAAUUACAACACUAUGAGAUGAAUAAAACUACAUAAUUACAAAAUAGAAAAUAGAAAAUGGUCCUUUAUCAUCAAUAUUUCGCAAUUUUCGAUGAACACCAUUCAUCAUAGUCUGGACGACUUCCAAAUCAAGGGUGUGGGUGUGGGCUAGUCUUAAGAUCAGUUCUUACACUCACCCUCAACUAUUGUUUGCUAUUUAGAAAUUGAAUCAACAAUUAUUCGUGAUCUUAAAGCAAUUAUCAAUAUUAUAAAAGGCGAAACAAUCUAAUUAACUAUUGAAAUAAUUGAUAAUCCAAAACCAACAAUUCAAUCCUUUUGUGAUGCAGACAAAACUUGCAGGUACUGAGGAUGCAAUUAAAAUGAAAGAAUCUGAAGAUGAUCAAAUAUUUGCAACUAUUGUGCUUUGAUAUUGAAUCAAAUUAACAAGGUGAUUAUACAGCAACGGUUAAAAAUGUCUUUCAUAUUUCUUUUUGUUCACCAAUAAAAAAAUAAUUCUUGUCAAAUUUAGGAACUCCAACAUUUAUACGUGUACCUUCAGGUUCUAAUCUUUCAGUUAAAUUUGAAGCAAUGCUUGAAUAUGAAAUUGAUGCACAUCCAAAUGCUAAAUCUUCAUUUCAAAUUCCAUCAAUCACCAUUGAUGAUAUAAUAUUACAAUGUGAUGAUGAAUUUGAAUAUCAAUUUGAAAUAGAAGAUCGUUCACAAGUAGAUAUAACAUGGUUAAGAGUGGGUUGUUGUAGGAUGUGA